AAUAGAGAAGAGGAAGGCAGACAUAGAACAACGGCAGCAACAGACACGUCUCGAAACAGACGAGACUGCUAAGACGAGUGAGUGAUGGCGGGAAAGGACAGUCUAAAGACUGAAGCAGCACAGCAAAGCAAGGACGCCAGAGGAAAGCCGAGUCCUCCACGUCUCACACCAGCAAGACAGAGACAGAAAGUUCAACAACAACCUGCAGUCCAUUUUGCAGAGGAGCGGUCCAGAGCGGUUGAGGAGCCGGUCUCCAUUUCCCCAGAGCUGGCCAGCUGGAUUAAACUCAGCGCUCAAGACCUCAAGAUCCGGCAGACAGACCGCCGCUGGGCUGCAGAGGUGGUUAAUGAUUUCCGAGAGAGCCUGCUGAAAUUCCUGAGGAGCAGCAAUGAUCAGCCUUUCUUUCAGUCAGCUGAGUUCCUCACCACCGGCAGCUACUUUGAGAAAGUUAAGAUCCACAGCCCCGAUGAGUUUGACAUGAUGCUGAAGCUUCAGGCUCCUUCACGCCUCAACAUGACGGAGCUCGACGGUGGUCUCUUCUAUCGGAUCGAUUUUGCCCGGCCCACUCGGAGCCCCAUACAAGCCUUUCUUUUGGAGAACGAGCGCACGCUUUCAUCGAGCAAGAUCCUGAGCGAGAUGUAUCGCCUGGUCCGCAAGUUCCUUAAGACCUACCAAGUGCCCGAUAAAUGCUGUCGCUGGGAGGUGAACAGGAAGCGUCCCAACUCGCCAGCUGUGACUUUAUCUCUGUUCAGGACUGAAAACUGCAGCGACGAGCUGAUCUCCGUGGACGUGGUUCCAGCUCUGGAGGCUCACUCCUCUCAGGGAUGGCCGCUCGCUGUGCGUCACGGCCCAGAUGUUGAUGACUGGCUGGGAAAGAAGGUUCGCCAAGAAAUCAGAAGUUUACCCUGUUUCUUUGUACCAAAGAGGCUCAAAGGACGAAACCUCAGCGAGGAAGCCAAAGAGAGCUGGAGGAUUUCUUUCUCUCACAUUGAGAAGAAAAUCAUCACGAGCCACGGCAACAAGAAAACCUGCUGUGAGAGCAACGCUACCAAAUGCUGCCGGAAGCAGUGCUUAAUGCUCCUCAAGUCUCUGAUUGAGGGCCUGAAACAACGUUUUCCCAAAGAACUGGAAGACCUCUGCUCGUACCACGGGAAAACCGCCUUCCUCCACACCCUGUCCAUCAGGUUCAGCGACUCCAUGUGGGCUCGUCAACAGCUUCCUGCCUGCUUCCUGCACCUCCUCUGGGCUCUGGAGGACCAUGCACGCAGAGGAGUCCUCCCUCACUUCUUCGCCCCCAACUGCAACCUCUUCUCCACGACCGUUUUCCCGCGCAAAGCGCUGGCUUUUCUUGUCAGCGCCCUGGAGGAGCAGAGGAGGGAGGGCCUGCCCUUGCUGAAGCCUCCAGCUCCUGUCCCACCAAUGAGACCAAUGAGUCCAUCCUCAGAUGCUACUGAGAUAUCCGCCGAUAAGUCGUCCACACAGAUGCCAGUUCACUUUCUGAACACUGCAUUUAUAAAUAAACUGAUCCUAGUGUUUGCCGUAGCUUUGGUAUGUGUCCUAUUCUGCAUGUAAAUGAUUUGAAACUAUGAAUGUCUGGAAUAAUACAAUCCAUCAGGUGUAUAUAUUAAGUAAAACCAGGUAAUAAAGGGCAUUAUCACUUAUCUGAAAAGAAGCACAAUAACUGUCUAUAAAAGUGUGAUGAUGAACAAUGACAUACAUCAAAUAUAAUAUAUUCCAUGUUGAUAUGGGACAGAUAAGCAACACCUUGAAAUCAUCUCUCUGCAAUACAUUUUUUUGUGUGUUAAGUAAAAUAAAGUCACCUUUUGUUUUAA